CUGCUGAACGCCUCGGCUCUUUCUGCAAAAGAUGGAUGACCCGCGUUCAAAGUAACGGCACGGCCGGGAAGAUGAACGGCGCGCUGGAGCAUUCGGACCAACCGGACCCGGACGCCAUCAAGAUGUUUGUGGGCCAGAUUCCGCGCUCCUGGUCAGAGAAGGAGCUGAAGGAGCUGUUUGAGCCGUACGGAGCCGUUUACCAGAUCAACAUCCUCCGAGAUCGCAGCCAGAACCCUCCACAGAGCAAAGGUACCACCACACACACACACACACACAUGGUCUCACAGGAACCUGCUUCUAAUGUUGGGUCUGAAAAUGUAAACGCUUCAAAAGCAACGAUUGAGAUUCUGAGACACAAGGGUGUCCAAACAUAAGAAUUGGGGUCUGAGUCCACUGAGUCUUGAAUCAACAGUGUUUGAGUCCCAGACUUCCUGAUUUG